AUGAAUUUAUCUCAUCUUCACGAUAAUAAAAUGAUUAAUCUUUCCAUAUUACGUCCAUUAUCUACCGCUCAACCAAGAAAACGUUUAUUAUCAUGCAGUAGUAAAAGUAAUUCAAAUUCAACAUCUUCAUCUUCAACUAGUCAAGAUAUAUCUACUCUACCAAUAUUAAUUCAAUUGUGUGCCUAUCCAGAUGAAUCGUAUGCAUAUCGUACAAUGAAAAUUCUGUUUAAUCGUUACAAUUAUAAACCAAAUGUUUGUGAUGAAUUUGGUUGUACAUUACUCAUGUACAUAUUGAGAUAUCAACGUUAUAAACUUUAUAAACUUUUGUUUCAAGAAGAUUUAAAAGAUUUUAAUUUAAGUUUAAAAGAUAUUCAAGGCAAUAAUAUUCUUCACUAUGCUAUUAUCUAUGUAUCAAAAUCAAAUCGCAAUAUUAUUCUUGACUUAAUUGAAAAAUUUCAUAAAUUUGGUUUAAAUAUUGAUGAACGAAAUACAUACGGUUUUACACCUUUAUUAUUAGCGGUCUACUGUGGCCGAUAUGAUUAUGCUCAUAUGCUAUUAACAAAAACUGAUUCUUCACCAUUUGUUAGUGAUUAUGUAGUAUCAAAAAGUAUUAUAGAUUAUAUCGAAUUUGAUAUUAACGAAAGACGACAACAGAGGACACCAUCAAAAUUACAAUGUCAUAAUGAGCCAAUACCAUCUCGUAUAUUGAUUCAAUUACACCAAACUCUUUGUUCAUCAUCAUCAUCAUCUCGAUCUCAAACAGCUCGUGGCAAAGAAAUAAUAGGUAAAAAUUUUUUCGAAGUAUUAUUUCGUCAAGCGGUGAAUGAUUCUACAAUGUCUAUUCGUAAAUCAAUGAUAAAAAUAAACAAUAAACAGAAUGAUGAUAGCCAAGAUUCAUUGGAUUCACUCAUUUCUUAUCUAAAUAAACGUUAUCCAAAUAAAAUACAUUUAAAACCGUUUAAUAUACAGUAUGUAUCGAAUACAAAGUAUUCUAUGUUAAAAACACAAAUAAAAGAUCAAUUAUCGUCCUAUAAUCAUCAACGGCCAACAUCAACUUCAAGUGUACACAAUAUUUUUAGUCUUUAUGAUCCGGAUUUGAGACAUAGUCCACCUCCACCACCACCACCAAUUAUUGUACCAAAACCAACAACAACAUUGAAACGAACGGUGACAAAGUUAACAAUGAUUGCAGCAUUAACAAGACAACCGAAAAAUCGGUUUGAUUGUGAAUGUAUGAUUAUGGUUAAUCUAAUUACCAUCAUCGUGUAUUUUCAUUGUUUAACAUUUGUGUAUGAUUUAAAAAUUAUGAAUCCACUGUCAGUUUCAACUGCUAGUAUCCCAGAUUUACUAACCAAACAUUUUCUCAAUGAUUUACCCCAAAAGUACGCGAAACUGGGCACACUUGAUAUUCUUGAUACAAUAAAGUGGCGAAGAGAUGAAGAGGCAACUGAUCCGACUCUUGUCUUGUCGCCUGACACUGUUAAAAGCGCGACUAGUGCACAUAUCGGAGCAGAAGAAUCAGAAGCAGCGGCAUCAAGUAAUCUUCCAGCACCAAAUAUGCAAACUACAUUAAGCUCAGACGAAGCGUUAACAAAUGAAGCUGAAUUAGCAUCUCGUUUAAAUCUUAUAUUUCAAAUGGUUGAAUCGUCACAUGAUUUAGAGCAUUUAUUUGAUAAUGCAGCUUACCACGUAAUAAUCAACAGAUUACACGAUCACCUUCUCGAUACAGGGCAUUAUGAUAAAACAGGUCAAGAAAAACCUUGUUUUCGUAAUCGUUGUACGUGUCCUGAAGGUUUCAUGCCACAAUACUUUUAUGAACUCCCUCAGACUCACCACCAACAUCUCAUUAAUCUGCGGAAUCAAGGUUAUAUGCCUUCAAUUAAUAACAUGCAUAAUUUUGGUCUUAUGAUGAGUAGUCUACCAAUAGUAGAAAAUAAGCAGAAUAAUGAUGAUUAUCACUCGGAUAACAGUGAAACAAAAUAUUUUGAUGAGUUUGGUCAUCGUUUAAAAAAACGUUCAGCAGCAUCCAACUAUUUAUUUUUAAAAAAUUUAUCUAAUUUUUUUACCAAACCAGAAUCACCAUUUGACGAAACACCUGAAGAACUAAAUAUUAAUAAAGCAAUAGAAAAAGUGAGAACGUUCAUUGAUUAUGUACCGUUAGUCGAUCAUGCUGUGAAAAUAGAAGAAACUAUUCGUCAAGCUGAAAAAUAUUUUGGACAAAAUGAAACUAAUCGAAAACAACAACUAAUGCAGACGAAAAAUAUUUGGCGUUUAAAGAAUUUUGGACGAGCACCGAGACUGAUCAUUAACGACAAAGAUUAUCGCUGUGUACCUAUAGCCAUGCUAGCCAUCUUGAACCCGUAUAAUAUUACUGAACAACACACUCUUCCACAAGUAUCUACAAUCUCACCUUCACUACCAUGGCAAAUACCACCUACAUUGCCCGUUUUAUUAUUAAAUAUUACCAAUAUGCUUAAUCAACCAGUGUCAAACAAUCCAAUACGACCGCCAUCGGAUUUUAGUGGUGCUCGUCGUCGUCGACAAAAACGAGACACAAAAACCGCUAUUUCAUCUAAUGCAACGGAUAUAGUCGAUGUUCCAUUACUCUCAUCUUCAAAUGCUAAAAAUAAUCAAGCGUCCAAUAUUUCAUCAAGAAACACCUCAUCCCCAUUUUAUUACCAAACAGAUACCGACCAUUAUUAUCGACAACAACAGCAAGAACCUUUUGAUCGAUACAGAUUGAAACAGUUUUAUGGUUCAAGUAGUCGAUAUAAAAAUCGUGAUCCACGCUUUAAAUCUCGAAAUACACAUAUUCCAUGGCAUGAAAGGGAUAAACAAGAAUAUGAACUCCAAUACUAUGACAACGACAUGGACGAAGAGAAUGAAGAUGCAGAUAUACAUGGUAAUAUAGGGUUAGCACGCCAUUAUUCUGACGUAGAUGAUGAACUUAUUGAGUCACCAAAAGUGACCACAAUAAAUACAAGAAAGAUUGAUCAAGUAGCAGAAAAGUUGACAAAUGAUGUAAUUAUUAAGCUAGAAAGUCAAAUGUUAAAAGAUUUUAAAACAGAAUUAAAAAAAUUAGCUUCCCUAUUGAAUUUGAGAACAUUGCAGGGACGAGUUAUUUCACACGAUUUGACAGCAUUUACCAGUGACAUCAUGUAUCAUCACAAUGAUUCGUGGACAAAUAUGAGUAAACAACAAUUAAGUAAAAUAAUAGCACAAAAAUUAUACAAAACAUUGGCAUCAAACUCAAAGUAUAGAUUUCAUCACCCUUCAUCAGUCGAAACACUAUCGCAACUCUAUUAUCCCAAUGGUGAUUUGCGCAUGUAUGAACAUAUACCAACAGAAAGACAAAAUAUUAUCAGACGGGAAAAUAGAUCGCAUUUUCAUUGGAUUACAGAAUUUAAUAAAGUUUUGCAUAAUUUAGCUGAAAAUGAACAAUUUAGAAAAAUGAGGACAUAUAACUUUGAUAUGUUGAGAACCAAUUUGAAUACAUUCGACCCGUUGUUUCAUGAUAUUCAUGUUGUUUGUUAUCCAAAACAUUCAAUGCAAUUUUCCUAUUCCUAUUUACCAAUGGGACAAAAAAUACCGUUUUGGUACCAGAAUAGUCAGCAUGAUUGUCAUUGUGAACCAGGAUGGAAAAGAGUGGAAAAUAAAUGUGAAGAUCUUGAUGAAUGUCGUUUAAAUUAUGACAAUCCACUUUAUCCAUGUGAUAGGCGUGCGAGAUGUAUAAAUACAAUUGGGUCAUUUAUCUGUGAAUGUCCUAUGGGAUACUUUGGAAUUGGAUUAAAAGGCUUUUGUAAUGAUGGAGCGUGGUGCAGUGGGAUAUUAUGCCCUCAUUUUGGACGAUGUACUUACGUUGCACUAUCUGGAUACAUUUGUGCUUGUGAUUUAGACUGCGGACCAGAUGGUCGAUGUGUUAAACAAGGCAAUGUUUUCGUUUGUGCUUGUAAAACACCAAAUCUUGAUGGUUUUGAACGUUUAUGCCCCGGAAGACCGCUACGAAACAUAACUCAUAUGACAAUUCUUAGCGGUCAUCCAGCGGCCAUUUUCGAAGCCGAUCGCGCUUUAUUAGCGAAAUUAAAAUUAUUUUUACUGCAAGUUCUUCGAGUUAUAUUUCGACAGAGACAUUUGUAUGGCAAAGGUAGAAGAAUACCUAAACUUUAUGAUAUAGAAGAUAAUAUGGAUGGAGAAACAGACAAAAUUAGUUCCCUACUAACAUUAUCCUGGUUGAAAUUAGUGAAAAAUUUGACAAACACCAUCACUAAACCACCAAAAUUCGAUGUUUGA